AUGGCGAUUGCACGACCCCCAGGGAAGGAAUUCGACCAUAACUGUCCGGAGAGCGCUGAGUGGUUGACACUCGAUUUCGGUCCGUUCGAGUCAGUGCAUUGUUGGAAACAGAUGCCAGAAUGUGCAGAAUUUGUUGGUGCAAGACGAAGUAAACACACUGUGGUUGCUUUUGAUGAAGCAAUAUAUGUAUUUGGUGGAGACAAUGGGAAAACCAUGUUGAAUGACUUGCUACGAUUUGAUGUUAAGGACAAAUCAUGGGGCAGAGCAUUCACUACAGGAACUCCACCCCUGCCACGAUAUCAUCACUCAACUGUUGUUUACGACCAGAGCAUGUUUAUCUUUGGUGGUUACACUGUUUUCUUACUGCCUACCUUUUCAACUUUGCAUGAUUUACCUCUUUUCCUCUCUCCCACUUUCCUUUCCCUCCCUUUUAUUCUCUCCCACUUUCCUUUCCCUCCCUUUUAUUCUCUACCACUUUCCUUCCCCUCCCUUUUAUUCUCUACCACUUUCCUUUCCCUCCCUUUUAUUCUCUACCACUUUCCUUUCCCUCCCUUUUAUUCUCUACCACUUUCCUUCCCCUCCUUUUUAUUCUCUCCCAUUUUUCUUCCUCUCCCUUUUCUUCUCUCCCACUUUCCUUCCUCCUCCUGUUUCUUCUCUCCCACUUCCCUUCCCUUUACUUCUUUCCCUGCUUUACUUUCUCUUCCCUUUUCUUCUCUCCCACUUUCCUUCCUCCUCCCUUUUCUUCUCUCCCACACUUUCCUUUCUCCUCCCUCUUAUUCUCUUUCACUUUCAUUCCUCCUUCUCCUAUUUAAUAUUAUGUAG